AUGAAGGGAUUCCUGAUCGUCCUGGCUGGAGUUUCAGUGGUUGGCAUCGUGGCUACAGAGAGAUCAUCAUGUCUGAAACGUGCAGCAUUUUCUUCCACAAACUUUGAGAACAUCCUGACGUGGGAAACAGAGGCAGAUAUUCCCCCUGACACUGUGUUUGAUGUCCAGUACAAACAGUACGGAGAGAAAUCCUGGCUCACCAAGCAUGAGUGCCAGAGCAUCACGCAGCUCUUCUGCAACCUCAGCAGGGAGACAGAGAACUUCACGGAGCAUUUCUACGGGCGGGUGAGGGCACGGGGCUGCUCCUCCAGCUGGCUGCGCUCCGAGCGCUUCGAGCCCCGCAAGGAGACCGUUGUAGGGGCCCCACAAGUGGAAUACAUUCCCUACGUCCGCUCCAUCAAGUUCCUGAUCCGGCCUCCCCUGACCCCGCUGCGGGGGGAGGACGAGCAGCAGCUCACCGUGGAGGACAUUUACAGCAAAUUCGGGGCUGUGGAUUAUCACCUGACAAUAUUCAACCAGAGGACACACCAGCAGUGGACAAAGAUUGAGCACAACAAAGAAUUUGAAGUUUCCAACUUGGACCCAGACACUGAAUACAACGGGACAGUUUAUAUCUGUCUGCUCCAGAGAAGGAGCAAACCUCAGGUGUUUUGGGUCAAAACACUGGCAGACAAGACAUGGGUUCUCUACUGUCUGGUGGCCCUGGCGUUCUGUGCCGGGCUGGUUUUUGCUGCCACUGCUUAUGUGAUCUACAAAUACAUCAAACAGCGCAGUGCCCAGCCCAGGGCCUUGGACUUCAGAGGGAUUCCAUCAUUCCAGCCUCUCACACUGACAGUGGAGCACAUCAUAAAGCCCCUCAGCUUCUCCAAACCUUCCCCUUUCAUCCCUGAAGUGCAGCUGGCCCAGAUGAGCCAACAUUUGGACUGGGCCCUGCAGCCACCACGGCCUUCGUGUCCCUACCAGCAGCAGGUGGACGUUGCAGCACUGCAGCUGCCCCCUCAGCCCUGCCAGGUGGAAAUCCCAGCUCCCAUCACAGCUUACACUCCUCAGGGAGCUGAGCAGAGCACUGCUGCUGCCACAGGCAGCUCCAGCCUGGCCCUGACCUACGGGCUGUGCGUGGAGGGCACGGACGGGAGCUCACAGCCCAAACAAAGGCUGAAGGAAACUUCUCCAGAUCCUUCUGAGGAUCCAGAGCUGCCAACCCAUGGGCUGGGGAGGAGCUGCAGCUGGGAUUACAAAGAGCAGCAGCCAAAGGUGGAUCUGUGGAAGAGCAGAGACAGACUGGAGUCGGUUGUGAUCCAGGGGAGCCCCGGGCAGACGCAGCUGCUGCUACAGGGUGAGGGGCUGGAAGAUCCAGAGCGUGUGUCCCCGCUGUCCCUGUCCUUGCUGGAACAGGGAGGAGGAUGCUACAGACAACAGGCAGAGCUGCCCCUGCUGCUGCCUGCAGGGCGAGCUGCCCCAGCCUCUGCUGCAGAGCAGGAGCUGCUGGCACCUCUGUCAGCAGCGCUGCUGCUCUCAGUCCGGACUGGGAACGACUUCCCCAGGGAGAAGCACGGGGAGCAGUGGGUGCUGCCAGCGCCAUUCCCACAUCCUGCAGCCAGAGUGCAGCUCCCAGAGACUGCAGCCAUGGAAAUGUUCCCCGCAGCAAAGGAGCUGGGCUGCACCGAGCUGAGCGUGUCCCCAGGCAGCAGCCCAGGCCGCGACAGGGGCACUCCUCUCGCCAUGCUCUUCAAAGAUUUGGACUUGAAAGUGCAGUGGGAUGAGGAGGAAAGCACAGAAUUUUAUUAG